UCCAGCUGAGGGAGCGCGCUGUAGCCCUCACGCGCGUGCUCGUACAGGAGGUUCCGGUCUCGUCUCUCCGUAGCGAAACUUCUCCUUGGGCUCUGGUUGCAAACGCAGCCUUCCCGGAGCCGCAAGCCCCGAGCAGCCACCAGAGGCCACAAGCGCCGCAUUAUGGACGCAGCCAUCUUGGAAGGGGGACAAAGAGUCACGCACUCUUCGUCCCGCCCACUACGCGUUUAGACUAAUUGCAAAGCAGCUAUUCUUGGGACUAGCCAAUCAGAGCCUGGAAGGGGUGAGCCCUCUCCCAUGCCUCAAGAAAAAAGAUCAGCGAGAACAGUUGACCGAGAUUGACACUGUCGUUGCCCAAUCGUCGUCUGUUCCCCGCCCCUUCAGUGUACGGGAGAGGCAGAACCAGCCAAUCCCUGCCGGGAUAAUCCCUAGACCGUGCUAGAGGCCGCGUUCGGCGUGUCUGUGGACCCGGCUAGGGUCGGUAAGGGAAGCUGCAGGCGGCGGGAUGUCCUGGUCCGGCCUUCUCCGUGGCCUCCGCACGUCCCUAAAUCAUGGCCUAGCCCUGGCCCCGCGGCCUUUUGCCCCGCGUCCCAUGGCCACCCUGAACCAGAUGCACCGCCGGGGGCCUCCAAAGCAUCCGCCUACGAAAGUGGGCCCCACGGAGGGCCGGCCACAGCUGAAGGGCGUGGUCCUGCGCACGUUCAUCCGCAAGCCCAAGAAGCCCAACUCGGCCAACCGCAAAUGCUGCCGCGUGCGGCUCAGCACCGGUCGGGAGGCCGUCUGCUUCAUCCCCGGAGAGGGCCACAACCUGCAGGAGCACCACAUCGUGCUCGUGCAGGGCGGCCGCACGCAGGACCUGCCCGGCGUCAAGCUCACCAUCGUGCGGGGCAAGUACGACUGUGGCCACGUGCAGAAGAAGAAGUGACUCCCUCCCCACCUCCCGGGACACGGCGGGUGGGUGAUCACCGCAGAACAAAACCUUCCCCUCGGGGCCCCUGCAAUGUCCUUGGGAAGCUAGUACAACUCUGGAAGUAGCUGGUCAUGGUUCAAAGCCUGGCCGCCUCUUCCAUCAGGACCACCCUUAACCCAUAGUGGUCCUGGGUGUGAGUCAGAAAAAAGGCGCCCCUCUCCCAACACUCUUGGUUUCCAUGUUGGCGCCAGGGACCUCUUCUGCUGGGACGAGACACUGUAGUGCCAUCUACUGGGAAGGGGUUGCAAUAAACACAGACACGCCCCCCCACCCCCUUGUGGUAUUUGCAUGGUAUUUGCCCUCUGUGUGGUCUUGGGCACCGACAUCCCCUCUGGCCUCAGUUUCCUCCUGCAGAAAAAAAUAGGUCCACUUGCAGUAUCGCCUUUGUUGGGUUUGGUGAAGAUUAAACUGGGUGCUUUAUGUGUAUAACA